AUGAGGAUCUCCGUUCUGUCGCUAUGUGUCUUUUCGCUCCUGGCCGCGCCCUCGUUUGGUCGCAUCGUGCCCUUGUCGUCUGCGCCCUACGCCCGCCGCAGCCAGGUCGUCGAGCGCGAGGUCGAGGUGGAGCUGCCCGGCGACGUUGGACGCAGCCCUCUGCACAACCGCGUCACGCGCCACAUCCGGCCCUUUGCCGACGAAGUACCCCAGCUGCAGCGCAGGGACGACGUCGACAACGGCGCCAUCAACCGGACGGACAACCCGCAGCCGAUCCGCGGUCCCAAGGGCGCCACGUUCCUCCACGAGUCCAACAAGGCCAUCGACCGGCAGAAUGCAGACUACCUGUCGGUGCCGCCGACGGACAACGGCGUAAUCCCGAACCUGAAGUGGUCUUUUUCGCUGAGCAAGACACGCCUGCUCAAGGGAGGCUGGGUGCGCGAGCAGGUCGUCACGGACCUGCCGACGAGCACCCUCGUCGCAGCCGCCGAGCAGCGCCUGGCUCCCUACGCCUACCGUGAGCUGCACUGGCACCGCGUGGCCGAGUGGGCCUUUGUGCUCAAGGGCACCGUCAGGAUCACGGGCAACGACGAGGACGACCGCAACUACGUGGCCGACGUGCAAGAGGGCGACCUCUGGUCCUUUCCCCAGGGCGUGCCCCACUCGCUCCAAGCCGGCCCAGAGGGUGCCGAGUACCUCCUCGUCUUUGACGACGGCAACUUUGAUGCAUCCGGCACCACGUUCAUGGUCGACGACUGGAUCGCCCACACGCCCCGCGACGUGCUCGCGGCCAACUUUGGCUUCCAGGAUGCCUCGGCCUUCAACAAUGUCCCUGCCUCGGACCCCUACAUUGUCCCCGCCACGAGCUGGCCGUCGCUCGACGAGGCCAAGCAAGCCGUCUCGUCGAACCCGGGCGGCGAGGUCGACACGCCGUACCACUACGCGCUGAGCAAGAAGGACCCCACGCCGGCUCCCGGCGGCGGUGGCUGGACCAAGAUCACCGACUACCGCGACUUCCCCGCCAGCAAGACGCUCGCCUCGGCCCUCGUCCACGUCGAGCCUGGCGCGCUCCGCGAGCUCCACUGGCACAAGGAGGCCGAGUGGGGCUACAUCGUCAAGGGAAAGGGCCGCGCCACGGCCUUUGCUGGCGGUGCCACCGCGCGCACCUUCGAUCUCCAGGCCGGCGACACCUGGGUCUUCCCCACCAACUACGGCCACUACAUCCAAAAUGUCGGCGACGAGCCCCUGGAGUUCCUCGAGAUCUUCCGUGGCGCUGGCUUCGGCAGCCAGGUGCGCUUCAACGACUUCAGCCUCACCCAGUGGCUGGCCCUCAACCCGCCCGAGGUGGCGGCGAGGAACCUCAACGUGUCCAUCGACACGAUCAAGCAGCUCAAGAAGCAGAAGCAGACGAUCGUCGCUGGCGUGAACAAGUCCAAGUAA